UAACGGUGUUCGCAAUGAAUUUAUAAAAUAAACGUUAACAACAACGUUGAACGAAGUUGAACAACGACCGCUUUGAACGAAUCGCAGAGCUCUAGCACAGCGUAACGCGUAACGAAGGUAACGCUUGUCAAACAUGCCGCGGAACGUAAACAAACCUCUCGCCGAAGAAAAACACGUUUUUGAGUUCACAAAAAUUCCCUCAAAAAUGGGCAAUAAAGCGCUGCGUUUGGAGGUUUCCAAGCUUCGUACCUUAGUGAAAAAGACACGCACCAACAUCAUCCGGAAACUGCUUCGCGAUCGCAAACUUUGGGCCGGUAAAGUGGAGGCGAGCAGCGGUAAUCGCCGAGCUACCAAGAAACUGGAAACCGCCGAAGCCUUAUCGAAGCACAUCAAAACGUUGGGUACAUCUCAAUUAGUGAAGGAUGUAAUACGGUUUCAGCUACGGAAAGAUGCGGCCGGCGAGCAGCAGCUGACGGCGGUGUCCGAUCGCGCGAUCGCCCGAUUUUAUGCAGAACCGAAAGUGGUCGCCAGUGUUCGCGUGCUGAUAGAUCGGUUUGAGUUGCAGAAGAACGAAUCCCUUAUUGAUGUGGCGGUGAAGGAUGGACAGAAAGAGGUAAAGGAUGCGUCAACGGAAGCUAAAGGGCCCAAGAAGAAAAAGAAAACCAAACCGAAACGUGCUAAGGGUGAAAAAGCCACGCCAAAAGUGGCUAAGAACGGAAAACAAAAAGCCACUAAGGAAGGCAAGGGAAAAGCUAAAGCGGAGGACGAGGAUGAGCUAAGUGAUACGCAGGAUAACGAGGAGCCAAGCGAUGUUAGUGUUUCUAUGAGCGAAGACGAAGAUUCGAUCCUCGACGAGGAGGAGGAGCAGGAGGAAGAUGAAACACCUUCACAGCCUACUAAGAACGCUUCUGAACCUAAACCGAGACCAGCGGUAAAGGAAAAGAAAAAAUCGAAGGAGCCGAAGAUGAAAAUGCCAGCGAACCUGAAACCACCGGAAGACGACGAUGAAGAGGAAGGUUGCUUGAUGGUACAAGAUAGCUUUUUUGUCACGGAAUCGGGCACCAAUUAUGUAGCGGUUGCUCCGGUGCUAAAGAAAUCGGAAGGAGAUUCAGAUGAGGACAACAUGGAUGCUGAGGAAGAAGAGGAAAGCUGGAAAUUCUCCGUAAAGCGAAGAAAGAAACAGGAACAACGGAAUGCUGCCCAAGGCAAAGUACCAGACGGAGGAAAACCUAGUCGAAAUGGAAAGUUUGAAUCAAACAAACGAUCCUUUGCAUCUUCAAACGAACCGGUGAAACGGUUUCGUCGAGAUUCCGGACAAACCACCGAACCAGACGCAGGUUUACAUCCUUCAUGGGCGGCCAAACAAAGGCAGAAAGUUAUCAUACCGUUUGCUGGAAAGAAAGUGGUUUUUGACGACGCAGAUGCCAACCCAGUGUCAUCGGAACCAACUAAAGCGAAAGAUGAUCUACAUCCAUCGUGGGCUGCCAAACAGGCUCAGAAAGGCAUCAAACCAUUCGCCGGUAAGAAAGUUGUUUUCGACGAUGGCGAAAGCACUAGCAUACCGGCCGUGAAAUCAACCGCAGCGAAUGAUCUGCAUCCUUCUUGGGCUGCCAAACAAGCACAAAAGGGAAUCAAGACAUUCGCUGGAAAAAAGACAGUGUUCGACCACCGUGAAGACACGAGUGCCCCGCCGACCAAUCUCCAUCCCUCAUGGGCGGCAAAGCAAGCACAAAAAGGAAUAAAACCAUUCGCAGGGAAGAAGAAGAUAUUCGAUGAUAACGAUGGGGAAGGAAAUCGGCACCAGGAGCUGAAGCGUGCUGAAAACACGACCAACACCGAAGGACUCCAUCCGUCGUGGGCCGCUAAACAGGCGCAGAAAGGUUUGAAACCAUUUGCCGGCAAAAAGAUAACGUUCGGCGACGAAGAAAUCGCAACCCCGGUAUAUGCUAAUCGAUCGACCAGCGGAUCUCGAGCGGCGGCGAAGACUCAACCAACAGCGAUCAGCAGCGAUCUGCAUCCAUCGUGGGCUGCCAAGCAAGCGCAGAAGGGCAUCAAGCAGUUCGAGGGGAAGAAAAUCAGUUUCGAUGAUUAAAAAUCGAGUUUGUUUCUCACCAAAAAGAGAAAAUCUCGGUGUUAUUGGCUAAAUGAUAAUGAGUAAUAUUAGAGUUAGCAAAUAAGCUAUC